AUGAGGGGAGGAGUGAAGCUGGUGGGCGGAGGCGGGGUGGCGGCGGCGGCGGCGGGGGCGGGGCACCCGGGGAUGUGGAGGACGCCCACGCCGUACCUCUUCCUGGGCUUCGCGCUCAUGAUGGGCCUCAUCGCGGUGGCGCUGCUCGUGCUCGUCUGCACGCGCCGCAAGCAGGGCGGACGGGACGGCGGCGACGCGGAGGCGGCAUCGGCCUUGAAGGUGCUGGUGCCGCUCGACAGGGAGCCCAUGGCCGUCGUCAUCAUGGCCGGCGACACCGCGCCGUCCUUCCUCGCCAGCGCCAAGCCUCUCGCCUCCUUCCUCCCGCCGCCGCCGCCGCCGUCCGCCGGCGAGCCAUAGCGCCGGAGCUCGCUAGCCCCGCGGGGCGCCAAUUUUGUUCGUGGCAUUUGCUAGGAUUCCCCCCCUGUAACCCCAUCGGCUGCUAGCUCUAGCACAUCGAGAGAAAGAGGUCGAGUUCUUGGCCGACGCCUUCGGAAUCUGUAAAUUAAUCCAAACUCUUGGGUUUGUUUCUUGUUGCAACUGGCACACACAAAAAAAAGCUUCUGCUUUUCAAUAAAUGCACGAGGCUUUUCCGCCAUGAAUCCACCUCCAAACUCCCCAAAAAUUCGCCCU